AUGCUCGCUCUGCGCCCUCUGCGCGUCGCUUCUCUCUCUCCCAGCCUUCCCCUCUUGCGGCCGUCCCGCGCGCUCGCUCAUGCCUCGCGGUACCCGGGGAGGGCGGAGCCCUGUCCUGUUGCGCGCAGUAGGCGGAGAGAUGGAGCGCGCCACGCGGAAAGUCGCCCCAUACCGCGCCUCGCUAUGAGCGCGGCGCCAAUUGCGGCAGCCCUUGGAGCCACAGACGAGAAAGAAAAUGAGCCGUUGGAUCCUGUUACAGACUCCGAGAAGGAGGCCCUUGAACCGCCAGAUGCGCCACUUGCUGCUGACGCGGCGGAACGCGAGCCCCGACCGGGCCGGGGGCGCGCAAACCCGCGCUCGGCUCCGCGGAGAGAAAGCCCCCGCGCGCAACAGGCGGGUGAGGGUACUCCCUCUUCGCGGAGUAAUGCGGAGCUGAUGGCGGAGGGGGGAAAGGAUGCGGGGAGCGGGGGAGGGGGAGGGGGAGGCGGGGGAAGGCGGAAGACGGGGGCGAGCGUGGGGGUGGACUAUGGCGGGCGGCGGACAGGCGUGGCAGUGAGCUACAGUGGCUUCGCCCCUCGACCAAUCACGGUGCUGACGACACGGGGCCCUCAACUGGUGGCGGACCUGCUGAAGCUGGCGCGGGAUGAGGGGGCGGACGAGCUGGUGGUGGGGCUGCCAGUGUCGUGGGAUCGAUCCGAGGGCCCACAGGCCGCCACGUGUCGCCAGUUUGCGCAAUCGCUGGCCAAGCCAGCUGCCGUGCAGGGGGUGAGAAUAUUCCUACAUGACGAGUACAGCACGUCACAAGAUGCUCUCGAUCUCAUGAUCCAAUCUGGUCGUGGCAGGAAGGACCGGCAAGAGAUGCUCGAUGCCUUUGCUGCUGCUGUUCUGCUGCGGUCCUACUUCGAGUCCCAGGGUGUCAACGCCACUGCAGUGCUGCCCAAGAGUAAACUGCUCCAACAGAAGCUCUGCUCCCGCCAACACUCUCCCGAUGCCACCGCGCAAGAAGCCUCUGAUGCGUCUGAAGCCUCUGCCCUGGAGACACCUCAAGGCUCUUCCGCAGUUAAAGCUUCUGCUGGAGACGCGACUGUGUCUGCAAUGUCAGCAGCAGAGCAAGGGCGCCAUACAGUCACACCGCACAGAGUCACGUUGAGCAAGAAGGGAGCUUCACGGAGCAGCAAGGCAUCAUCGAUUGACAGUGUGCCGGGAGCUGCGGGGCUUAGAGCACGGUGCAGAGGCAGUGGCGAGAGGAAAAGGCCUGCUGUUGUUAGUAAGCCUCUCGCUACUAGGCAGGCUGUGAAGAGUAGAGAUGCCUAUGAUGAGGAUGAUGAUGACGAUGACAGCCUAUUUGACGGUGACUGGGAGGCUGCUUUCAAGCUCAAGUAA